AUGCAGCUUUCGUUCAAAGAAUAUCUGAAUGUCGAUUCGUUUAUUUGUCUCUCUCAAUAUUCUAUUAAUCAUUUCUUCCUUUUUCGUGCCAUUCUUUCAAUUUAUUCUUUUUGUUACCGUAAGCCCCUUGUUCAUAUCUAUCUAUCUAUCUAUCUACCUAUCUAUCUAUCUAUCUAUCUAUCUAAUAUCUAUCUGUCUAUCUAUGUCAAUUCCUAUCUAUCUAAGUUUCUUUCUUUCCCUCUUCCUUUCCUUCUUCCUUUCUUUCUUUCUGCUUCAAAACCUUUAUCUUUGGUCUUCACAUUUAUCUUUUUCUCUGGUUAUUUUAGUUGUUUCUUUUCUUUCUAUCCCCUUCUUUUCUAUUUUCAUUUUUCCUUCUCUUUCUUUCUUUCUUUCUUUCUUUAUCUCUUUUUUCUUUCAUUUAUUCUUUCUUUCUUUCUUUCUUUCUUUCUUCCUCUUUCUCUGACAUUUUCUUUGUGUUUCAUGCCUUCAUUUUUCUCUUUCGUUAUCUUUUUUCAUUUUUCUUUCUUUCUUUUUACGAAGAUUUUUGCCUUUGUUCUUUUUUUUCCGUUUUCGUUUUUCUUUCUUUUUCGAUGCCUAUUUUUCGUUACUCUCAUCUGUAUUCCUUUUUUCUUUCUUUCUUUCUUUCUUUUCAUUUUUAUUCUUCUGGCCUUCUUUCAUUCUUUCUUUAUGGCUUUUAGUGUAUUCCUCUCUAAACCAAAUUUCUUCAUUUAUCAUUGUAAUGGAUCCCUACUUUUACUCCAUCAUACUCUCAAAGAUGACCCGUAUUUACACGGUUUUCUUUCUUUUUUUUCUUUUUCAUUUCGCUCCAGUUUUUAUCUUUUUUUCCUCUUCAUUCUUCCUUUUACUUUUCUUUUACUUUUUUUGUUCAUUGUUUUCAUUUUUUCUUUCUUGGUUGUUUCUUUUAUUCGUUUAUCGUAUGUUUCAUUUUCUGUCGAACUUUUUUUCUUUCUCUUCAUUCUAUGUUCAUUGUUUUUAUUCUUUCAUUCGUUCCUCAUUUUCUCUCUUUCUUUCUUUCCUUCAUUCUUUCAUUCCGUCCUCAUUCUUUCAUCCAUCUUCCUUUCUUUCUUUCCUGUCUUUUCUUCUCUCUUUCUUUUUCUUCUUUCCUUUCGUUCUUUGUUUCUUUUCUACUUUCUUUCUUUCUUUCCUUUCUUUCUUUUCUUUCUUCUUUCCGUUGAUUCUUUCUUUCUUUUUUCUUUCUUUCUUUCUCAUCCUUUCUUUUAUUAUUUACAUUCUUGCUAG